GUCAUAUCAAAUAUCUACAAUUAGAACAGAUAACGACAAACUCCAAAUGACAAGUCCUAUCUGUUUCUCAGCUCAAAAUCAAUCAUGAAUCUAGUAUACCUUGCCUUCCUGAUUGCUAUAUCCGCUGACAACGUAGAAAGUUGUUUCACAGGAUGGAUUCAAUUUCAAAACAAAUGCUACAUGUUCAACAGCAUGGCUAAGGAAUGGGGAGUGGCUUCGGGAUAUUGUCAAGCUUUCAAUGCAAAGUUAGCGGAACCCCGCACAGAAGAAGAAGGACAUUUUCUCACUAGCCACGCUCAGAAAAUUGGGGGAAACUUUUGGAUCGGCGUUACUGAUUUGAUAGAAGAAGACAUAUGGAUGUACGCUUCUACACAGGAACUCGUUAACAUGACGUCAUCACUUUGGUCCACCAAUGAGCCGAACGGUUACACAUCGUCUAACUGCGGUCUCUUAAUGGCUGCUCUUCAUGCCAAAAUGGGCGAUUACAUCUGCGCGCGUGCAGAAAAGUUUAUUUGUGAACUUAACAAUGGAAUGUAAAAAUAAUAAAUGAAUACAGUCAUCUA